ACAUUCCAUUAACUGAUAACUCGUCUAUUAUCCAUCUUAAUACGAACGAGUCAUCGAAUCGAUCGAUCGAUCAUUAUCAGAAACCGCUGGCUCAAAUCGCUUAAGAAAAGAAGCCUCGCUCUGCUUUUUUAACAUGUAUGUGUGCAAAAAUACAAUGGUUUAUCGCGCCGAUUAUAUCUUUGCGAAAACUGCGUGUGAGCACCGGGAGAUUUCCCACAAAAAGUUUAAUAAACGCGUUUGUACAGCGCCCGUGAGUCACAAAGAAGCUAAGCGUAUGAUUUAAGUUGGACUCUAAUUGGAGAUUUCGGAACGUAAGUUCGAGAUUUCGAAAAAAAUUCGCAAACCCGACGAUUUUUAAUCUCCGCCUUUUGAAAAUUCAAAGCACCAACUACUUCACUUCGCGGAGUUCUAAUAUUUAAUAAAAAUCCUCAACGUAAUUUCCUCGAGCCUCUAAAGAGCGCUCUCAAGAGCGCGCGCGGUUGGAGUUUCUCACGUUCCUAAAAAAGUCGCUUCCACCGCGAAUUUUGAGCGACCGAUAGAAAAUUCGCGACUCUGGCGAAACCAACGAGGAUCCCGCGCGGAACGUAUUUUCAGGGAGGACGCGAGUCGUUUAUACAUCUUACUAAAUCGACACCCCGUAUCUAAAUCGCCACAUUGUACGUUUGACGUUUCGAUAUACUUAAGCGAUUUCUAAGAGGAGAGUUUUGUCAUGGCUAGAUAUGAUAAAAUGUACGAUAUUACGAGGCGAUAACGCCCCCUUCUAUCCCUGCUGUGCGCUUAUAAAAAACAUUUCGCACUUGCACGCUCGUCAGUUCGCAAUUUGAUAAGUGGCGGCAAUAAGAUCCCAGUCUUUACGAUCUAGUGAUUGGGCAGGAUGAAAGAGAUCUACACAGUGGCAGUUUUAUUCGUGGCCACUUUAGUCGCUUUUACAUUCGGCCAGGAAAUCCCGACAAAAUGUCCCAAAGUCGAUUCGGUACGCACCACAGUUCACCUCGCUCACGAGAGUGACUGCACGAAAUUCUACAUGUGCCAAAUGGGCCGGAAGAUAGGACCGAUGAACUGCCCCUACAUGGAUAAAGACGGAAGUAGGUUGCACUUCAACCCACGGCUACAGGUGUGCGAUUGGCCGUAUCGUGCGGGCUGUAAGAAUGGCAAAUCAUCCACCACUACGUCUACGACCACUACGUCUACGGAACCAACAACUACAACUACAACUACAACUGCAGAACCGAGUACACCAUCAACGAUACCUACUUGGUCUAUAACACCAGAUACAUCUACCAGCAGCGACGAUUCUAUCAUAACGAUCACUCUCACGCCAUCGACCAAGAAAGCUACAUACAAUCCGCCGAUACGAACCAUCACCCCAGCACCACUAACAACAACGAAACCGACGAAACGGAUGACAACAACGAAACCGACGAAACGGACGACAACAACGACGACGACGACGACACCCAAGACGCCAUCGGGAGAAACCUGUCCCAAAGAUACCGGUGGCAAAACCAUCAAGAUACGUCAUGAAACCAGAUGCGAAUCCUACUACUUGUGCACCGAUGGUGAGAAGGUCAUGCAAACAUGCCGAAGCGGAACCGCUUUCAACCCGUUGAUUAAGAACUGCGACCACAAGGAGAACGUGGACUGCUCCGGCAUUACGAUCAUGCCUACCGUCAAACCCACACCGAACAAGUGCCCGCCAAAGGGCUCGAGCAAGAGGGCAAUGUUGCCUCACGAGUGCCAAUGCGACAAGUACUACGAAUGUCGUGAUGGCGACAUGAUUCUGAGAAAAUGUCCGUCGGGUAUGCAUUAUGACUACAUUCGAGAGAUAUGCGAUCUUCCGAAGUUAGUGAAUUGUGUUCGACCUAUCCCCACGACGAUGGUGAUGUCUGUUCCUACGACUGUCAGCUAUGACGAGUGCUCCAGCGAAAACGAGGGCCAGAGAUAUCAAGACGAAUCCAGCUGCACCACUUACUACGAGUGCGUGAAUAAGCAGAAGGUCCUGAAAUACUGCGCGCCGGGCCUCCACUUCAACGUCACCCUGCAGUUGUGCGAGUACCCGGAGAAGGAAUGCGCGAUAAUCACUCCGACUUCACCCGGGACCUCUACAACGAGGAUAACCGUCACGACUGAGUCCACAUCGACGAAUGCAUGCCCGCCGAAAGGCUCGAAGAAGGAAGUACGAUUGCCACACGAAUGCUUCUGCUCGGAUUACUAUGAGUGCGACGAUGGAUUACAGGUUCGUAAAAGUUGCCCGAGCGGUCUGAAUUACGAUUACAUUUGGGAAAUUUGCGACGAGCCGACCGUGGUCAUAUGCGACCUACCCACCUUUCCGACGGAUAUCACCGCGAACACUACUACCGCCGCCACUUCUUCGGGGAAAACGAAAGGCACGUCAUCAUCCGCGUCAGAGAACACCGCCAGAGACACGACAUCUAGCCUAGACGACACAACCGGCACGACACCCGCUAUUACAUUCCCCGUUACAACUUCUUCACCUAUCACUCCUAUGCCAGGUCUUUGCCCACCUAAAGGUUCCACGGAGAAGGUACUGUUGCCUCACGAGUGUUCUUGCACAGAUUACUACGAGUGCGUGGACGGGUUCGUGAUCCGUCGACGUUGUCCGAGCGGUCUGCAUUUCGAUUAUGUUCGGCAGGUGUGCGAUCUGCCGUACAUAGUGAAAUGCGUGAGACCCAUCCCCCCGACUACGUCUACAAAGUACAACACUGACACGACGACAGGCAUUACAUACAGUACGUCUCAAAUUACUUCUCAAAGCACGACUGCAGCCACGACGGGCACCACCUCCCGUGCUACAACUACUAUCGUUCCAACUACCUCCACGCAGGAAACCAUCACUCCUACGCAGAUAACUACUAGCACUACACAGGGAACCAACACUCCUACGCAAAGAACUACUACUACUACACAGGGAACCACUACCACUACAUCAGGAACCAGUACCCUUAGGUGGAUAACUACUACCUCUAGACAAGGAACCAGCACUUCUAAGCAGUUUACUACCACUACACAGGGAACUAUCACUCCUACCACUACACUAGGAACGAGUACCCCUACGUGGAUAACUACUACCACUAGACAAGGAACCAGCACACCUAAACAGUUUACUACCACUACACAGGGAACUACCACUCCUACCACUACACUAGGAACCAGUACCCCUACGUGGAUAACUACUACCACUAGACAAGGAACCAGUACCCCUACGUGGAUAACUACUACCACUAGACAAGGAACCAGCACACCUAAACAGUUUACUACCACUACACAGUUUACUACCACUACACAGGGAACUACCACUCCUACCACUACACUAGGAACCAGUACCCCUACGUGGAUAACUACUACGACUAGACAAGGAACCAGUACAUCUAAACAGUUUACUACCACUACACAGGGAACUACCACUCCUACCACUACACUAGGAACGAGUACCCCUACGUGGAUAACUACUACCACUAGACAAGGAACCAGCACACCUAAACAGUUUACUACCACUACACAGGGAACUACCACUACACUAGGAACCAGUACCCCUACGUGGAUAACUACUACCACUAGACAAGGAACCAGCACACCUAAACAGUUUACUACCACUACACAGGGAACUACCACUACACUAGGAACCAGUACCCCUACGUGGAUAACUACUACGACUAGACACGGAACCAGUACAUCUAAACAGUUUACUACCACUACACAGGGAACUACCACUCCUACGCAAACAACUACUACCACUACGCAGGAAACCAUCACCCCUACGCGGACAACUAGCACAAAAAGUUCUAUCCCUACAUAUAAAACUACCACGACGGAGGCGACGGAAACACCUACACGGCAAACAACUACCCCCACUACCACGGUGAUGACAGAAAAACCCACAAGUACUACACAAAGUAGCAGAGGCCCCACGACAGAUUCCACUACUAUCUGGACCACUACCACUAGCUCUAUACCAAGCACUUGUCCACCCAAAGGUUCCACCGAGAAAGUACUGUUGCCACACGAAUGCCUCUGCACAGAUUAUUACGAGUGCAUGGACGGACUAGAGAUCCACCGACACUGCCCCAUAGGUCUACAUUUCGAUUACGUUCGACAAACAUGCGACGAGCCGGAAAUAGCGAAAUGCGUGAGACGUCCCAUCCCUUCGACGACGACCGCGGGCACCACCACCACCUACACAGAAACAACUACUUGUGGGAUGCCAAGUUUCACACAUGAUAUAGCCGACACAUACACUUCCAUACAGAACGUUUGCCCACCGAAAGGCUCCACGGAGAAAAUAGAGUGGGCUCACGAGUGCUCUUGCAAACAAUAUUAUGAAUGCUUUGACGGAUUACAGGUUAUUCGCAAAUGCCCGCCUGGACAACAUUACGAUUACGUUCAUCAAACCUGCGGCGACCCAAAGGUAGUCAACUGCGUUCGUCCAAUUCCCCCGCCGACGAGACCCACCACGCCACCCGUUAUCAAUGACGGCGAAUGUCCGCACGACGACACGAAGAUAGUCAAAUUCCCGCACAAGACCGAUUGCAGAUUGUACUAUCAGUGUAUGGACGGCAAGAAGGUCCUGAAGAGUUGCAGGUAUGGUCACGUGUUCAAUCCGUUGCUGGGCACCUGCGACUUCCCGGAGAAUGUGAAAGGGUGCGGAUCAACAUACAAGGAGCCCAAUACAGAUUUCACCGCGGAGUCCACCAACACUUGCCCACCCGCAGGCUCCCCGGAGGAACGGAAGCUGCCGCACGAGUGCGAAUGCACCAAAUACUACGUCUGCUACAACGGUGAAAUGGUUCUCCAAGUGUGCCCCGCGGGCUUGCACUACGACUACAAGUAUGCUACAUGCGACAAGCCCGAGAACGUGCAUUGCGUCCGACCGACUUCCAAUCCCACGAAGCUACCUGACAUCAACGUAUCGCCAGCCCUGUUGUGGUGCGCCAACAAGCCCGACGAUACUCAAGUGCCCCACGAGUUCGACUGCUCGAGCUACUACAUGUGCAAGAACGGUCACACGAUUCUGAAGAGAUGUCGCAAUGGUCUGCAUUACAACCCGCUUAUCGGCGUCUGCGACUUCCCGAAUAACGUAAACUGUAGCAGCAGUGGCAAGUCCGACUUAUACAAAUGUCCUGAGACAGGAGUCGGCAAAGUCCCUCAUGAGAAGGACUGCAAGUUAUAUUACGACUGCUACGACGGUGAGAAAACCCUGCGUAAGUGCCGGCAUGACUUGCACUUUAACCCUAUUUUAAAGGUCUGCGACUUUCCGGAGAAUUAUCCCUGUGAAGAGGGCGAGAUCGUAAACAUGGCGAAAAUACAUGAAGAGACUGGCUGCAUAGGCAGAUGCCCUUGGCAAGACCCGACCAACUACACAGUCCUGAUCCCGAACACGGACUGCCACAAGUUCUGCAUGUGCAGUAACGGUGUACCAUACGUGCAGAGCUGUCCCGAUAAGUUGCAGUUCGACUACGUCAGACAGGUCUGCGACUACCCGCACAAAGUCACCUGCAAGAUACCCCCGCAACAAGAGCUCGAGACCGAAGAAGUGGCCAAGAACGAGGACGUGGGCAAGGGAGACGAUUUGCUGAACAACGAGAAAGAGAACGACAAGAAGGAGACCGAAGAGACGCGCGGAAGUUCCUGGUUUAGGCUGCCCAUCUUCAACCGGUACAUUUGAAGAGUCCUGAGUCCAGCGCUACCGCCUUUUUAUCCGCUUGUACAACGUAGCCGUUUAUUAACGCGAGUCAGCUUUAACGAAACCUAUUCUAAAGAUUUAUUCGCUCAAAUGCCGAAUGAAAAGUAAUUUUUGCUCAUCGAUAGUUAUUUAUUUGUAGGAUAGUAAGCUAUACCUUAAUCCAACAGUGUCCAACACCGUAUUGUAACUUAUUGAAUAAAGAGACAUUGUUCAUUUUUCAACGA